AAACAAUGAACUUACUUCUACUAAGAUACCAAUUUUGACUUAUAAAGAUAAUAGAGAAGUAGUUAAUACUGAAGUAAUAGAUAAUAGCAAAGACAUAGAAGUUAGUAUCAUAAAAAUAGAAGAAGUAGUUAUAUAUAGAGUAAUUAAAGAUAAUAAUUUAUAA